AUGCCUCUCUUCAAUGUUACACUCAAGGAAAACGCUUCUCCCGAGGAGCUCACCAAGGCGAAGGAGAAGGCCAGAGCUGAUGGAGGAGAGAUCAAGCACGAGUUCACCCUAAUCAAGGGCUUCACUGUCGAGUUUCCUGAUGACAAAGUCGGCGUCCUUCAGACCAACGAGCACAUUCACGUGGAGCAGGACAGCGAAGUCAAGACCCAAUGA